GACGCCGACAUAUGGGCCCCGCUUGAGAAGUAAGGGCCACAUGUCGGUGGGAACUCUCCCGGAGUCGGCAACUAAUCGACCCCGUGCGCCGGCUCCACCCGAAGCGCAAGAGGAAGAGGUGGCCAUACGCAACAAGCAAAGCAUACCCCCAAAUCCCCAAUCCCCAAUCCCCAAUCCCCAAACCCUAGGUUAUCUCGGCGCGGCAGCGAUGGCGGCGGCGGGCCUGAGGAAGGGGAAUGCGCGCCUCCCGCCGGAGGUGAACCGGGUGCUCUACGUGCGGAACCUGCCGUUCAACAUCUCGAGCGAGGAGAUGUACGACAUCUUCGGCAAGUACGGCGCGAUCCGGCAGAUCCGUCUGGGCAACGCCAAGGACACGCGCGGGACCGCUUACGUUGUCUACGAGGACAUCUACGACGCCAAGAACGCCGUCGACCACCUCUCCGGCUUCAACGUCGCCAACCGCUACCUUAUCGUGCUCUACUACCAGCCCGCCAAGAUGUCCAAGAAGUCGGAUAUCAAGAAGAAGGAGGACGAGAUCACCAGGCUCCAGGAGAAGUACGGAAUCGGGUCCAAGACGCCCGGCCCGGGCUCCAGCGACUGAGCGGCCAGGGUAUUGCCUCUGCAGCCUCUUGUAUGAUGAAGAGCAAUCAAAAGGAACAAAUUGGUUGCGCUGUGCUGUGUUACAUCCAGCGUCGCUAAUUACUCUGUUGUUAUUCAGGCUCCAUAACAAUUGAAUAGAUAUGUGCUUGUCUAAUCGCCAGCGAUAAUGUUUAGUUUCUACCAAAAACAAGAGGAAUGAGUAGUGUACACCUCACACCUGUGGCUAUGCUUGAAUUGUUGAUCUAUAUUCUGUUGUGAGACUGAGAGUAGCAUGGUUAGGCUGUUAAAUUUGUGCUUCUAUUAUUGGUUAGUAUGUAUCUUUGUUUUGGUAGCUGGUAUGUGUUAUCGUAAGCUAAAAGUUCAAGCAGAAUGAAGUGGGUGUGCUUCUUGCCAAAUUAAAUGGAUUUUCAGAGGCUCCUACCCAGGUUCUACUUUGUGAUGUUAUCUUGAACUCCUUUGUGACGUUGAGCAAUUGUGCAUAUUAGUUUGGGAUUGGACUGGUA